GUUGAGGUUAUGUUGCUUGUAAACAUAAAUUUGUCAAAAUUUGCAAUGCAAAAAUAAUUUCAUAUGUAUUAACAAUAUUCGUGUAGACCCGUUUUAAAAAAUAGUAAAUAGAACGAGGAGAAUGUCACGAAGAAGCAGUAAUCCUGUCGUUUUAAGUUUCCAUGAUAGUCUCCUGCGAUUGUCGGACAUUGAAUUACUUAGUGGACAUAGCUGGCUAAACGACAGCAUUAUAUCAUUUUAUUUUGAAUAUUUGGAGAUUAACCACUUUAGAAAAGAUCCCAUUUUGCUAUUUGUUCAACCGCAAGUCACCCAAUGUAUUAAGCUAUCUCCCAGUGCGGAAGUAAAUGUGUUCCUGGAACCGUUAAUGUCAAAUCGUUGCAGAUUUAUAUUUUUUGCACUCAACGAUAACGAACAAACUGAAGUUUCUGGCGGUUCGCACUGGAGUUUAUUAGUGGUUUCCCGUCCAGAGAGAAUGGUGUUUCAUUUUGAUUCUUCGAAAGGCACAAACUGUCAGCAAGCUAUGGAGUUUGGUGCAAAGGUGUUGCGAUACUUUGGGGUGUCUUCAUACGGUUUUCGAGAACCCUUAUGCUUGCAGCAGUCGAAUGGGUACGAUUGUGGUAUCCACGUCUUAUGUAACGCUGAAAACGUCGCUGAUUUUGCAUGUCGAAAUCAACAGAUUGACGGAUGUACUGCCCUGAAGGAAGAGAUUGUACAAUCUAAAAGACGCAAUAUGUUGAAUCUUAUUUCAAAUUUAACGAAAGGCUGAAUAAACCAAUUGUUGCACUUAAUUUAAUUUAAUAUUAAAAGUAUUGUUAUCGCUAAUAAUGUAAAGUGGAUGAAAAAGCACUUGCUAUUUUGAGCAAUUAGUAUUUGAACUUGGAAUUGCACUUCAUAUUAGGAAAAGCAUUUCAACAUUACUUAAAUAUUUUUAAUAAAUGACGUAAGAAUCUA